AUGAAGUUUGGAGAGACGCUCAAGUCCUCGCUCAUCAAGGAGUAUGCCUACUACUACAUUCAGUACGAUGAGCUGAAAUAUGCCAUUGGCAGGGGGCUCAGUAAGAAUGGCAACAAGUGGUCGGACUCCCUCGAGGAGGACUUUCUCAACAAGAUGGAAGGAGAGCUCGACAAAGUGUACAACUUCGUGGUCUUAAAGCACAAAGAAAUCCUUCGUCGUAUGAAAGAGGUGGAGAAGUUGGUGAAUGACACGGUCGAAAACUCCAGAAAUGCCACUGAAGAAGAGGCAGAAUUCUACGAGCAAGACUUCCAGGAUCUCGAAGAAGAGCUCAGCGAUAUCAUUGCCGAUGUGCACGACCUCAACAAGUUCACAAGGCUCAAUUAUAUUGGCUUCCAGAAGAUCCUCAAAAAGCAUGACAAGCUGACCAAGUUCAUCCUCAAGCCUAUUUUCCAGGCCCGGCUGAACGCCAAGGCAUUUUACAAGGACAAUUACGACUCUCUGAUUGUGAACCUUUCCAAGCUCUAUGACCUCGUCAGAACAAGAGGAAACCCUGUAAAGGGCGACUCUGCGGCCGGAGGUUCUAUGCAGAACUUUGUCCGUCAAACGACAAAGUAUUGGGUGCAUCCUGAUAACAUCACCGAGCUGAAACUUAUUAUUCUGAAACACCUUCCUGUACUCGUGUUCAACUCGAAUAAGGAGUUUGAGCCCGAAGACUCGGCAAUAACUUCGAUCUACUACGACAACAAGGACAUGGACCUCUAUUAUGGACGGUUGCUUAAGACUGAGGGAGCAGAGGCCAUCAGAAUUAGAUGGUACGGAGGAAUGGGUGCAGAGACUGUUUUUGUUGAAAGAAAAACCCACAGAGAGGACUGGACAGGGGAGAAGAGUGUCAAGGCCAGAUUCCCCCUCAAGGAGAAAAACGUGAAUGAGUUCAUGAAGGGACAGUACACUGUCAAGCAGGCAUUUGAGAAAAUGCGCAAGGAUGGUAAGAAAAGCGUGCAAGAAAUUGAGAGCCUCGAAAGACUUGCUCAGGAAGUGCAGUAUAGAGUCAUCAAGGACAAGCUGAGACCGGUCAUGAGGUCUUUCUACAACAGAACAGCGUUCCAGCUCCCUGGAGAUGCAAGAGUCAGAAUCUCUCUGGAUACGGAGCUCACAAUGGUCAGAGAAGACAACUUUGACGGCAUCGACCGAACCCACGGAAAUUGGAGAAGAAUGGAUAUUGGAGUGAACUAUCCGUUUGCUAACCUGCCUCCUAAAGAUGUCGAGAGAUUUCCGUAUGCCGUUUUGGAAGUCAAACUCCAAACCCAAAUGGGCCAGGAGCCCCCACAAUGGGUGAAAGAAAUGGUGUCUUCACAUCUGGUGGAAGCUGUUCCCAAAUUCUCCAAGUUUAUUCACGGCUGUGCCACCUUGCUUUCUGACAGAGUUGACUUGAUUCCGUUUUGGCUGCCUCAGAUGGACGUCGACAUUAAAAAACCAAAGAAGGAUGAGAACUAUGGUAUUGUGAGACAACGCCAUACAGAAUCUGGCCAUGGAGAGCUUGAUGAGGAGGAGCUGGCCGGCUCCAGCUUAAGUUCGGGCUCUGCUGCUCCUCACUACGGAUCUGUCUCUUUCAACGAAAACAAUAAUAGAAUUGAGGAGACCUCGGACCCUGAAAAUAAUACCCUAAUACGCAGGUUGGUCUCCUGGUACAAGGAAAUCACCAAACCAGACCAUUCCUUCAACAAGGUGCCGGAGGGAACUGUUUUUGAUGCAAAGUUCACUGCUCCACCAGGGAAGAAGAUCUCUGUUGUGGUGCGGGUGGAACCUAAAGUUUACUUUGCCACGGAACGAACUUACCUCUCAUGGCUCUCGAUUGCCCUUAUUUUUGGUGCGACUGCCCAUACCCUUCUGAAUUACGGCGAUCUGGUCUCGUUGAUCACCUCCACCUGUUUUUACUUCACUGCCAUCCUAACAAUUGUCUACUCCACAUAUGUCUACAUUUUCCGCGUCGUGAAUAUCAGAAACAAGCGUGCUGUGCGCUACGAUGAUAAGUUCGGCCCUGUGCUGGUUUGCUCAGCUCUGGCGUUGUCAGUUUUUGUCAACUUCCUUUUCAGACUACUAAAAUAA